UGAUAAAAAGCUUAUUAUAAAAAUUUUUCCAGACUUCAAAUUUAGUUUAAAUAAUCUUGGUGAUUUACGUAUCCUCAUUAGAAUUGUCGUAUUUUUUGAAUUGUGCAAAAUGUCGUACGCAUAUUUGUUCAAAUAUAUUAUCAUCGGAGAUACCGGCGUCGGAAAGUCGUGUCUUCUGUUACAAUUUACUGACAAAAGAUUUCAACCUGUCCACGAUUUAACGAUCGGUGUCGAAUUCGGCGCUCGGAUGAUCACAAUUGACGGAAAACAGAUAAAACUACAAAUCUGGGAUACAGCAGGCCAAGAGUCAUUUCGUUCAAUCACAAGGUCAUAUUAUCGUGGAGCCGCAGGCGCUCUACUCGUUUAUGACAUCACAAGACGUGAUACUUUCAACCAUCUGACGACGUGGCUGGAGGACGCUCGACAACAUUCCUCAUCUAAUAUGGUUAUCAUGUUAAUCGGAAAUAAAAGCGAUCUGGAAGCUCGGCGUGAAGUCAAAAAGGAAGAAGGAGAAGCGUUUGCACGGGAGCAUGGUCUCGUAUUCAUGGAGACAUCUGCAAAGACAGCGGCAAACGUAGAAGAUGCAUUCAUUGAUACAGCCAAAGAGAUUUACGAAAAAAUUCAGGAAGGGGUUUUUGACAUCAACAAUGAAGCAAACGGGAUUAAAAUUGGCCCCCAACACUCCCCUUCAUCAUCAGGCCUUUCAGGGAAUCGUCCCCGGCAACAGAGCGACGGUGGGGGAUGCUGUUAAGAUUUCCUCUCAUAUUAAAGUGGUUAAAAUAAAGACUUACUGACAAAAUUAGCGGGAUUUCUUUUGCAACAGCAUUUUUAAUGUAUAAAAAGGCUUUAAUAAUGAUGUUUAAGCCAACCCUGCUUACUGUGCUACCACCAGAGUUUCUUAUAAUUGUCUGUUCUGUGUUGGGUUUUAUUCAUCCAUGUUUGAAAUUAAAAAAUUAUGACAUUUAUAAAAAGUAUGUGUCUGUGGGACCAACUUAUGCUUUUGCACUGGUGGAUUUGUAAUGCAAGGAGGCUGUAACAAAUCAAAGAUCGCUAUUCUAAGACAUUCAAGAAUCUUGCUGCACAAUUGACAAUUCAUACUUUUACUUUAGAAGUCUAAAACUUUGUCCUGGUUUAAAGGCUCCCGAUAACCAAAAAAAAUUCCUCAGUUCUUUCAUUUAUUUGACUUGACUGAUUCCAAUAUAUUCAAAUUUUUUUAUAUUUAUCAGGAAAGACUGCUUAAUUAUUUAGCGAAUUACACCCUUCGCUCCAGUUAAUGUCAUGAAUAAGAAUUAUUAACCAAUUAAAUAAUAAAUGGGUAAAUCUAGCAAGAUUUUUUGACUGAGUUGGUGGCAUUUUUCACUUUUCAUCUGAGAAACUCUGUGGGGUUCGCAAAACAGUUUUAAGUACGUGACCACCGGCCUUUGUAUAUAUUUGUUUCUUGCACUAUUAAAGUUUCCUUGUAUAAGUCUAUAUGUCUGUUAAAAUGUGGAAAACUUUUCUUACAAUUUGCAGUCCUAUCUGUUUUCGUGGUAGCACUGAUUUCAGUUUGAAAUAUUGGUAUUUCGCUUAAUUUAGAGAUUUAAUUACAUUUCUGCAUUUAGUUAUAUUUUCAGAUCAAUACUUAGUCAUGGUAGCGCUGUUUUUCUUAUGAAUUUUAAAUCCUAAAAUAAAGAUGCCAGUUCUGCUUAAUUUAAUUGGUUGAAUUUUUUUUGUUCGAUCUUGAGAAUUUGAAAAUGUGACCUGAGAGAAAAACUUUGCUGUAUGUAGGAUAUAUAAUAUUAUCCAUAUAAAAAUGUUGACUUUCUGCCGUACUUUCCUUUUUAAUGCUAUAAAUAAAACUGACUACUUUCUUUCUAUGUGAUGUAAUAAUGUUGUAAACACUGUCAGCUGUCACUAAUAUGUGCCGAGCUGGGGUGCAGGACUUAUACAGGACCCUGUUCAAAGUAGAUUGGUCAAAAAUUCAAAUUUUUUGAAAUUUAUUCUGAAAAAUUAGAAUUUUAUUUAUGCAUUGACAUUUUCAAUGGCUGCCUAAGCGACUUCUACAGGGCUUACUUAGAGCCAAAUGUUAGAGAAAUGAAUAAAAACAUGAAAUUUGGAAAAUUCAAAAUCAAGUUUUCGAGAAAAAUUUGAAAGAUAUGAAUAACAAUGUAGAAAUUCAGAAAUUUCAAAUUUAGUUUGUGAGAUAAGUUACUAUACUGUUUUUAAGUAUAAAGCCUCUAGUCUCUCUAGUGGGCCAUGCUAUGUAAACCAUUUCUUCAUUUAUGCUUAUAUGUUGUCUACUGUAUAAAUAUCCCUUGGUACGUCUGAUUUAUGCUAGACUUUAUCCAUCUUGAUCAGUUUUUGUUAUACUAUUUUUUUUUGAUCGUUGGAAAUUUUGUGCUUUAAUAUCCAGGGAUGACUGAAAUAAGUGCUGUUGUGUUCAGAAAAUGUUUCGGCGUUCAUUAAGAAUAAAUCUUGGGUGACGAAUUUUUCAUAUAUUGCAGGGGCUCUCUAAAAUAAAUAGCUUAAUAUGGUGAUAUUUCCCUGAUUCUUACAUUUUAAAAUUGGCAAAAAAUAACUUUGUUUUUGGAUAUAACCUAAUUUUUUGAAUGGUAUAUAUUUCGUGUAUUUUAAAACUACCAUAAAUUCACUUGACAUGCCUUAAACAAAAUGCGAUGUUUCAGUUUCUGCCAUCCAUGUGGAAUUUAGCAUCAUGUUGAGAAAAAUUUGACCCUGACUGGCAACUAUAAACACUUUUGACUUAACUUCGAACUCUAAAAAAAAUCCAUUUUUGACAAUGAAAACUUUUUGUAUUCAAGCCUCCUUUAACUUUUGAGUCUCUGAGAAUAAUUUCACUCUAUUUAUCUCCAUUGAUAAUCUGGGAAAUUCAUAAUUUAGACACUGACCCUGGGCAGUUCAACUCGAGUGAAAACAUGCUAAUUUAAAAAUCCAUUGCCCUUGUUUUAGCCAUCUAAAAAAUAAACUUUUAAAAAUUCAAACUUUUAGACUUUAAUUAUUACCAUUGAAAAUGGAUAUCUGACUCCAGGAAAUUCAAAAUUUUGACGCCAUCCCAGGCAGUUUGAAAACAUGUUAAACUAAGAGUCCCGGUCCUCGAUUUAGCCAUCCCUAUGUUUGGGUAAAUGCUACUAUCUUUGGCUUAUACAUAUGAUGGAUACUGCAUUUGUUAGAUGUGCAAUUUUUCCGCCCCUGUAUGUACUGUAUUGUAUAUUAUUAUUAUUAUUGUGCGUAAAGUAGAAAGAAAAUAAUAAAUGUAAAUUGUUUUAAAUA